UAUUUCAGUUGGAGAACGGCUGUGUGUUGGAUUAGUGUGGCGAAUAGAGUGUUCCCGCAUGAUGUUUCAGUCAGUGUAGUGUGUGGUUAAAUGUGUGCCGACCGAAAAUAAUUAUAACGAGAGUGUUGAGUUUUGAAAUAAAUUUGAAAACCAUAUUUUUUUAGAAUUAAUUUUUGUACAAUUUUCACAAAAAAUCGAAAAAUAUUAAAAGUGUUGUGAAUGAGGAAAAUGUUGUGCAAAAAAUUAAUGCAAUUUUUCCAUUAAUUAAAAUUGUACGAAAAUAGCUUUCUAAAAUUCACCACACACGGUAGAGCACCUUGAAUGAGUGCUGCAAACACCACGACGUGUUGAAUUUUUGGUAAAAGGUAAAGAAAACGAUAAAAACAAAUGUGGUCGCUCGGUGUUUUGGUGACAAAAUGCUAUAGUCCAAGAGCAUAGCGAAAACACAAAUACCCAUCAUAUUCUCCUCAGCUUGUUGAAUACGACAGCAAAUUAGCCAGCCACAGAGGUGAAAAACCUUCAAAAGGAAAAAUGCCUACGAACAAAAUAUAAACCAAUUGCUCCCCCGAAAAAAGCCCCCAUUCUCUCACACACAAACAAACACACACAUACACACACAUGUGCCUAUGAAAAUUUUUGAUAUUCUCUCUUAUUGAAUGUGAUUCGUGUGUGCACUAUUCUUCCCAAUCGAUAUUUGUCGACGUUCUGUUGUCUACGCGCACCCCUUUCAGUUGUCGAAUGUAACGCGCCACAAACGGACAGAUCCGCGUGUAAAAUCUGCUUAAUAAAAUUUAGUUCCGUAGCGCAGCUAAGCAGCCGCCAACAAGCCACCCCAGCAAAAAAAAGCACAACAACAACAAAUUUUCUAAAUAAAAAAAAUAGAAUCAUAAAUAUGGAACACAUGCAGUGCUAACUGAGAUCAUUGAUCGAUCCAUUGUUGGUUCAUUGACUGGAGGCUGUUAGAAUUCGAAUGCAAUUAAGUGCAGCCGUAAAGUUCCGAACAAUAACAAAACUCCCACACCGGUGUUUAUGGUGCGGCAGCAAUACUCCAACCUAAACCCCAAUAAGAAGAAGGUGGCUCUGUUGUUGUGGCAGCAGGCUGUUGACGUCGCUGAGUUUCUUAUGAAUGACAUAGCGCGUUUAACGUAAGACGUCGUGUUGUGUUUAUAACCCACCACCACCAGCGUCGCGGUAGCCGCUGACACCCCAUAAGUGUUUGUUGUAGCGUAAAAUAUUGUUCAGCUGCUAAGCUAAACUAUUUUUAAAAAUGUGUGUUAAAAAUCUGUUCAGCUCGACAAGUUGAAAAAGAAUUUGAAAAAAUCAGAAUAAGCAGAAGAAAAAAAAUCACAAGAAAAUUUAUGUAUAAGUGAAGAAAGGCGAAAAAAAGGAAAACUAAAAAAUUGUGUUAUAUGAAAACAAGAAGAGAAAUCAUAAAAGAAAAAAUAAAUAAUUAAAUGAAAAAAAAGUUUUUACAAAAUUACAAGAAAAUCGAAAAAGUUAUAAAAAAUAUAUAUAUUGUGUAAAGCGAUAAAACUAAAAAUAUUAAAUAUAGCAUCAAUUAAGUUGUCAUUAAAAUUGUCCCGCCGCCUAUUGGCUUUCCACUUCCAAAACAAAGGGAGAAAAAAAAACACAGGAGAUCGUCAAAAUUCGUUUCUACAGCGUGUCACAUCCAAAGAGAGCCCAACACCAACAUUGAAUCAAGUUUCCUCUAAACAUGGCCAGAUAGUAUUUACGACAGCCUACAACAUCAACGAGUAAACGCACCCGAAAUAACGCUACACCAUAAAACCCGUAAACUAACGAAUCAAUAACGAAGAUAAAAUUGGCUAUAACUAAACUAUAACUAAAACAUCAACUUGAAAUUUUUUUACUCCAAAUCGUGGAUAUUCAUUCUUUCUUUUUUCAAAAGCAACGAACUCAAAGUCUUUGCGAACGAUUUGAAGAAGAACAACAAUAACAACAACCGCCAACAGCCAAGCUUUGUACAUUCAUUUCUUGUCCAAAACCAAGCCAAGCUGCAACAACAACUAGACAAAAUAAAAGAGAACCAAUGUAGUAUUUGCUGAGUAAUAAAAGCUUCAUAGUUUAUAGAGAGCACGCAUCAAUAUUUAACAUUCUCUUGUCUAACCAAAAGCAAAGCUUUCAAAGGCAGAGAAAACUGAAAAGCGAAACAACCAACAACUGCACAUAAAAAUCACUCUAAAAUUCCUCCAUCCGAUAUUGAAGAGAAUUGAACUCACACACACUCACACACAAAUCGCACUUGUGCUGCACUCUUCCAAAGCAAAAUAGUGAAAUAAAAUACUCAAAAAUUAGAGUUAUAGAAAAGCUUCUUCCAUUGAUAUAAUCACACAUCAUUAUAGAAUUUAAACAAGAAAGCUUAUUUUACACGCCCACAACCCAAGACAACACCCACCCCCUCUCAGACUAGCAAACACGGUCAUUAUCUAACUAAGCGAGAGCAAACACAACAGCCGCCUAGAAUAGUUUUGAUCCUAGCAAUCAAAAAAGCUUCAAGCAAACAACCACCAAAUAAAAAGCUUAAGCCGUCCCCAGCGAAGAGCAAGCAAGCAAACGAACAGAUAUAGAAGAGACAACAAAAGCUUAUUGUAAAUAUUGUUUUUGUAGGUGCCAUUGCGCUCCAAAUAUCAUCAGCAGCAAACGCAACAGCAUCAGCAGCCGCUUUUUAACUGUGGCAUUCUCACCCAUACUGUGAGUGGAAGAACACCCCCACCCCCUGAACCACAUCCCAGUUUGAAAGGAAAGGAGUGUUCUUCGACAACAACAGCAACAACAACAACAAGAAAACACCACAAAAAGCAAAACAACCGUUAUCAUAAUUUUAAAUCACCCAAAAGAGCGUAAGCAAACAACACACACAGAGAGAACUUAGAGAAGAAAACAGCAAAGAAAAGAGCAAACAUGGGUCGUCUUUUAACAAAACGAUUACCGUCGUCAUCGUUACAGCUGAUCGUAGCACUUUGUGUGCUCUUGGCGUCCUGCACAAUAACGCUCACACUGGCUGCCGAUGAUGAAAAUGAUACCUCCACUCUGAAAGCUGUCACCGAUGCCCUGGUUGCCCGUGCGGCCGCCUCUUCCCCCACCGACGAUGCUAAUGGCGACGACGACAAUGACGCCAAUACAUCGCCGGCGUAUUCAUUGGCCGAUGCAACGACAGCCAGAUCAUCGGGUUCGACGCCCGACAAUGUUUCAGUCGCCAUGGGCUAUGGCUCAGAUCUCAAGUGUUCCGAAGGUCUGGUGAUACCGUUAUGGCACCCUCUCACCAAUGUCAGUAUGGGCGAUCGUGUGGCACGCGGCCUGUUCUAUUUCUUUGUCAUGGUCUACCUGUUUAUCGGCGUUUCAAUUGUAUCCGAUCGCUUUAUGGCAGCAAUUGAAGUGAUCACGUCCAAGGAGAAGGAAGUGGUGAUCAAAAAGAAGAAUGGCGAGAAGCAAAUUGUGGUCGUGCGCGUGUGGAACGAGACCGUUGCCAAUCUGACCCUUAUGGCCCUGGGUUCUAGUGCUCCCGAAAUCCUACUCUCUGUCAUUGAAAUGUUUGCCAAGAACUUCGAGGCCGGCGACCUCGGUCCCGGCACCAUUGUCGGUUCAGCUGCCUACAAUCUGUUCGUGAUUAUAGCUUUGUGCGUUCUGGUUGUGCCCGAUGGAGAGGUGCGCAAAAUCAAGCAUUUGCGUGUGUUCUUCGUGACGGCCACGUGGUCGGUGUUUGCCUACAUCUGGUUGUAUCUGAUUCUGGCUCAGAUAUCUCCUGGUCGUGUUGAAGUAUGGGAGGGUCUGCUGACGUUUAUGUUCUUCCCCGCCACCGUCUUGACCGCCUAUAUUGCGGAUCGUCGUCUGCUUAUCUACAAAUAUCUGGACAAAAAUUAUCGCAUGAACAAGCGUGGCGUUAUUGUGAGCGCUGAGGGCGACGCUGCGCUCGAAAUGAACCAGCAAGAAAAUGAGAUCAAAGCUUUGGAAGAGACGGAGGAGAUGAAAGACUUUGAGGAGGCGCGACGUGAGUACAUUUCGUUGCUAAAGGACCUGCGCAAGAAAUAUCCACAAAGUGAUCUGGAGCAAUUAGAAAUGAUGGCACAGGAGCAAAUGAUAAAUCGCGGUCCCAAAUCGAGGGCCUUCUACCGCAUUCAGGCUACCCGCAAAAUGAUGGGUAGCGGCAAUAUUAUGCGCAAAAUCCAAGAGCGGGCCCAGAGUGAUUUGAGCGAAGUCAAAGCUCAGUUGCAACGUGUCGACGUUGCGUCGGACGAAGAAGAAGCUCCGCUGCGUAUCUUCUUCGAGCCCGGCCAUUACACCGUCAUGGAAAGUUGCGGCGAAUUUGAGGUUCGUGUCGUCCGUCGCGGCGAUAUAUCCGGCUAUACCACAGUUGAAUAUCAAACUGAAGAUGGUAGCGCCGAAGCGGGCAGUGAUUAUGUGGGCAAGAAGGGUGUUCUCACCUUCCCACCGGGCGUCGACGAGCAACGUUUCAAAAUCGAAGUAAUCGAUGACGACGUUUUCGAACAAGAUGAACACUUCUAUGUGCGUCUCAGCAAUCCCUCGGAACCGGCUGUACUGUCGGUGCCGAAAGUGGCCACCGUCAUGAUUCUGGAUGACGAUCAUGCUGGCAUAUUUGCGCUUAGCCAAAAAGAUCACGAAUUGGUUGAAUCGGUCGGUGCUUACGAAUUGAAAGUGCAACGUUAUUCGGGUGCGCGUGGCAAAGUGAUCAUCCCCUAUUGGACGGAGGAUGGCACGGCAAAGGCGGGCAAAGAUUUUGAACCACAACAAGGCGAAUUGGUGUUUGAAAACAAUGAAACAGAAAAAACCAUAACGAUAGGCAUUAUUGAGGAAGGCAGCUAUGAGAAGGAUGUUCUAUUCUAUGUCAACAUCGGUGAACCCAUUAUGGCAGCAGAUAAUAAAUCUAAAAAGGAUGCAUUUGUAUUUUUGAACAAAUUCUUUGACGAUGAAUUGGCAGGACUUAUACAGGAAGCUGAAAAUAAGCCACCGGAGGAGUUGACCGAAGAAGAUAAAAUGGCUCUGCUGGGACGUCCCAAGAAUGGUGAUGUUGUUCGCGCACAAUUGCGCAUCAAGGAGAGUAAAGAAUUUAAGAAUACUGUAGACAAACUUGUACAAAGAGCCAAUGCAUCUCUCGUGAUUGGAACAUCCUCAUGGAAGGAACAAUUUGUUGAAGCCCUCACAGUAAAUCCCGGCGAUGAUGAUGAAGGUGAAGAGGGUGAAGAUGGUGUGGCUUCCACGCCAUCAUGUUUCGAUUAUGUGAUGCAUUUCUUAACAUUAUUCUGGAAACUAUUAUUUGCAUUCAUCCCACCAACAGAUAUUGCCGGCGGCUAUCUGUGCUUCGUUGUGUCGAUAUUCUGCAUUGGUGUAGUAACUGCCGUUAUUGGUGAUAUUGCAUCAUAUUUUGGUUGUACAUUGGGCAUCAAGGAUGCCGUCACUGCCAUUUGUUUUGUCGCUUUGGGUACAAGUAUACCAGAUACUUUUGCCAGUAAAGUCGCUGCCAUCCAAGAUAAAUAUGCCGACGCCAGUGUGGGCAAUGUAACCGGUAGUAAUGCUGUCAAUGUCUUCCUUGGUAUUGGUGUUGCGUGGUCUCUGGCCGCCAUUGUGCACGAGGCCAAGGGCACCGUCUAUGCAGUGGAACCGGGAACCAUUGCCUUUUCGGUGACACUCUUCUGUACAGAGGCAUUAAUUGCCAUUUUAAUACUCAUGCUGAGGCGUAGUAAAAAAGUGGGUGGCGAAUUGGGUGGUCCCAAGAAAAUCAAAUACAUUAGCAGUGGUAUUAUGUUCAGUUUAUGGGUUAUCUAUUUGCUGGUCAGUACUCUGGAAGCAUAUGGUGUUAUCAAGGGAUUCUAAGCGAGCAGGCCAGAAAUCCAGCAGACUUCCAAAAAAUAAAUUUUUCACAAAUAAUACACACAUACAGUUACAUCUAUACACAUACACACAUAUACAGAUACCGAUGUACACAAAAUGUCUACUAAAUCUUCAAUACAACAAACAAAACAGAAAAAGCUGAAGAAGUAGAAGCAAUUUUCAAAAAAAAAAGUGAUGGCCAUUUAACAAGAGGAUAUAAACAACCACAUUAAACAACUACAAAACUAGAACAGCAUUACUAUUUGUAAACAACAAGAACAACAAAACCUUUUUUAUAUUUCACUACUACUACCUAUCUAUCUAUCUUACUAUCAAUCUAUCUUUCAAUCAAUCUACAUACCUACAUAUGUAUACAAAAAACAUACAAACAUUUCACUACUACUACAACAACAACUUGAACUAUAACUGCAACUAUUGUUAUAAUAUUUAGAACAAGAAAAACAGGAAAUAAAUGUAGAAGAAGAAAAUGAAAAUGAAAAAGGAUGAAGCAGGAAAAACCAAAAAAUUUAGAUCAUGAAAGACGCCAAUAUAAGCCCUAAUUUAUUUAGACUUACUCUACUGCUACUACAACUACACUUAAUGUUAGAUCGACCUUAAAACCAAAAUCUAGUAACGAAAGAGAGGGAACCAAAGAUAAUUACUUUGUUGCUGGUGCUAGCAUAACCCAGCAAACAAAUCUCUUUUAAGAAAAGCCAAAAAAUCGAAAAAAAUAAGUUUGGAAAAACUAAAAACAAAUCUACAGAAAUGCAUGAAUGGAUCUUUGUACAGGACUAUGUCUCUCUGUCUGUUUUUUUUUUUAAUGAAGAAAAAAAUGGAAACCAAACAGAAUAUCUUAUUCCGUUUGGUCCACUUCAGUCCAGUCAAUGUUAGUUUAACUAGCUAAUAUAACCUAAAAAACAGUAAAAAAUUAUGUAAACAACAAAGUAAAUCAAGCAACAUUUAAUGCAACUAAGUACUUUAAUGCAAAAAUACCUAAGGAAAAAACAUAAAUGUUAAAUCUUAAACUUACGAUUAUUAUAAGCGAACAUCCCCCUGCCCCCUUUUCCCCAAAAAAAUUGUGCAAAUUAUAUUAUUUGCCUUAGGAAAAAAACUCCCAAAGAAAUGGCGAAGAAACAAAAAUAUAUUCCUUUUUCUACAAAUAUAUUGGUAAACUCCCAAAAGUAUGCUUCAAUUUAGGUGUAAUUUUCUAAAUGUUCUUUGAUUUGUCAAUUGCUUUCUCUCCCUCUCUCGGUCUGUUGUUUGUUUCAGCAACAGGGGGUCCCAUUUUUCCUCUCUCAGUCAACUGGCAGCAAGUUCAUUCGUGUGGUAUAUUGCUAUGUUUACAUCGAAACCCUUUAUUGCAGUUGUCUGCUCUAUAGAUCAUGAUAAAUGUAUCAAAUGUAAACGUAGUUUGAGACCAAAGAUCACCAUAUUGUGGUUGCGUCCAUAAUCCAUGGCAGAAGAAUACAGGUAGAUGCAUCAACGAUUGGGAGCAUUGAUAUGUCAAAAAAUUUAAAUGUUUUUUCAACUACAAGUAGAUUUUUAUAUGUUUUCUUAUACGACGUAAUUCGAAGGUUAUUAUAAUUCGCGUUUUUCAAUAAUAUUUACAAAUUUAAAUAAUUUUUCAUUCAACAUUUUCAAUUCCAAAAAUUGGUUUGACAGUUCAUUGUCCCAGCACCUGUGUCGAUGCGUCUACCUAUAUUCUUCUACCAUGCCAUAAUCAUUAAAUAAUUCGAUAAAUUUUUAGUAUCUCUAAAAUUAAUUCUUUUAAAAAUAUAUUAAAAUUCAAUAACCAGUAUAAUGAUUUUAAAUUAAAAUGCAAUUUUAAAUUUAAAUCUGUUAUAACAAUAUCGGAAACCAAAUCGAUAAAAAAAACCUAUUAUGGAACUGAUAUAUUUGAAAAACAUGUAAAAAUCAGAAAAUUAACCGAUUUUUUCUAUUAGUAAUGCCAAAUGAAUGCCGAUGUAUAUCUGUAAUUUUUAAUCGAUUGAGAAAAAAAUGUUUUCUAUUUCUGAUAAAAGGAAAAAGAUGUUUUUAGGAUUAAUUACAGCCAAAUAGAUACAAAUGACUUUCGAUAUUGAUGCAAGGAUUAAAAAAAAAUAUAUAAUUUUGUAUACAAUUUUGACAAAUUUAAAAGUAAAAGUCAUUUGAGUUUCUGGAAGAUUUGCUACGUAAAACAUUUGAAAUUUCGAUCAUUUUCGAAAAGACGCACUUGUGUUCAUAGAGUUUAAACCGAUUUCUGAUCAAUUUAAAGCACUCAUAGAAUGAAAACAAAUCACAUAAUGCGUGUUAUCGAAAAUUAUCAAAAUGAGAUUUAGUCGUUUUUUCAAACUUUUGGAGGCAAAAUUUGAAUUACACUUUUGAGUUUGUGGAAGUUAGGUACAUAAAAACACAAAAAAAGACUAAAUUUUCAUUUCGAUUACUUUCGACAAAGCGCAUAUUGUGAUCGAAGAGUUGAAACAUUAAAAAAAAAAUGUCGGUUACUUCAAAAAUCUAUUUGCAUUUUUCAGAAAUAAUCAAACAGUGGAAAAAGAAGAUUUGGAUCUCCUUUUUCAAAUUGAAAAAUAUGAAACUUUUUAGAAUAAAUAAGUUGAUGGAAAUUCCUCGAAUUUUUGCAAAUAACAGCAGUAGUUAUUACAUAAUUUGGAUUACAGUUUGUAUACAUAAUAAUAACGAAAAUUUGCAAUGUUAUCGAAAUAUAUCGAGACGAAAACAGGGCUGUUUAGAGAUUCAGAAAUAUGAAUAAAAAAAUCUUAAUCUUUUCUGCACAUGGUUAUCGAUAGUGUAAUGUAUUAUCGAUAAAACAGUGUAAAAAAUAAUUCCAGCUUCCAUAUUGAGUUUGUUGUGCAGUUAAAAACACUUUAUCGAUGGAAUAUAUCCAUCGAUAACAUGUGUUAUCGUAUUUAAAAUAAUUUUUGUAUGUUAUUUUAGAAGAGAAUUAUUAAAAAAAAGGUAAAUACAUCGUUAAACAUAAAACAAAUUUAUCGAAAACAUUUUGAGAAUAUUUUUUUUUUUUAAUUUGAAUAAUGGAUUUUAACAAUUUUGUUUCAUUCGAAGCAUCCAGCGAUUGAGAGAGCUAGAGGAAAUAACCCCUCUUUUUUGUCCAUGAUCCAUUGUUUUAUAAAAAAAAAUAUUAUUGUGAAUAGUAUAAAAAAAUAUAUAAAUUUUUGUAGCCAUCGAAGAAUUAACAACAAAUAUUAAGCAACCAUAAACGCCAAGAAUUUAAAAAAUUGUUUUAUUUUAAGAUUUUAUCCUUUUAAGAUAUUUCCGUUGCAAAGGUGUAUUAUCGAAAAUCAAACACUUUAAUUUAAUUUAAAAAGAAAUACUUAAAAUUUAAUUAUUUAUUAUAAAAAAACAACAACAUAAAUCCCAAAAACCUUUUCCCCAAGAGAAGGACAUAAGUCAGAAUUUAUUACUUCAUGAAAAUACAAAAAAAAAACUAGGAAAUUUAUAAAAAAAAUCUUAAUAUUAUUUAAAAACCAAUUAUUAAAUUUAAAACAUUUACUAUUUAAGUUAUAGCAAAUUAAAAGAAAAAAUGUUUUGUUUUUUGUAAUUUAUCAAAAAGGAAAUUGUUCUUAGUUUUACAACAACAACAAAAACGAAAAACCAAAACUUAUUUAUAUAGUUUAUGUUUGUUUUUUCCUUUAAUGCCAUAAUUUUAAGUUUUAUUUUUUUUCUUUGUUUGCUUUGUCUUCUUUUCUUUUUCUUUGUAAAAAUAAAUAAAUCUUUAAAUUUUUAAAUAGAAACAGAAAUACAUUGUAAGAUUUAAGUUUUUCUUUCCAUAUAUUGUUGUAUCUUAUUUAUGUCUUUUGUUUUAAAAUUUUGUAAUCAUUUGUUUAUUUUUUUUAUUUAUACUAUAGUGUUUGUUUAAUUUUUUUGUUAAUAAAGAAAUAAAGUAAAAAAAAAUUAAGAAAAGAAAUAUACAAAAAUUGUAUUGAGCUUCAAAGGACCGGUAACAUUAUCAAAAAAAACUUGUAAUUAUGAAAAAUAUUCCUAUAUCACAAAUAGCAUAUUUUACUUUCAAUAAAAAAUGAGGUAUUAUAUGCCGAACUUUUUGUACCCUCCCCCUUUUGGAAGGAACUUGCAAAAAGAAAAAAGAUUCCUUUAAAAAAUUACGUCAUAAUUUCAAAAAAUUCCGAAUGUCAUGUGUUGCGUUUAUUUGGGUCUAUACGAAUACGUAGACCUUUGAGCCAAAUAUAUGCCAGAGAAGGAGGAGGUUUUACGAAUUCCAGACACCAAACAUAAUUCGGUUGAAAAAUGCAGCCAAAACCAUCUAGAUAUUGAAUAAUGGGAGGUACCGUUAUAUGAGGGCUAUACGAAGACGUGGAAUUGCACAGUCAAUUUUCAGUCAGUGGAGGUAGUAUACAUUACGAAUUUCAAGUAUCAAAUUUGAUACAAUUCCGGUGAAAAUGUGACACAAAUGAAGAAAAUAUCGCAUACUGGGGGUACAGUUAUAUGAGGACUAUAACUAAACUUAGAUCUAUAUGAACAGUUCUUUGCACAGAUGUUUCUUACAUAUAUGGAAGGCAAACGGCCAACUUACAGAAAAUUCUCUUGAACAGAAUUUAUAACUUAAACAGUAAAAACACUAUAAAUCUGGUUUUAUAUGGGGGCUGUAUCAAAAUGUGACCCAUUAUCAGCACAGAUCUAAAAUGCAUCUCAGCAUAAUUUUAUCAACUUACUUCAUUUCGUUCGGAAGCUAGAGUGAUUUCCACAUACGGACAGACAUGGCUAAAUCGACAUAGAAUCUUAUGCUGAUCAAGAACCCUUGUGAGGUCUAAAAUGCUUAUUUCGAGGAGUUAUAAACGGAAUGACGGCAGCCCACAUGGCAAAAUAAUACAAGGUUAUCUCAUGCCAACAUAUGAUAUACAAUUUUUUUAAAAAGAAUUUUUCUAAUCAAAAGCCAACGACAGUAUUUUUUAAUUUUACGAAAAAUAUGCCAUUUGUCUUGCAUAAAUAAGUUUGAAAUUAAUAUUAAAAUUAUUUUGAAACAAGUUACAAAGUAUCGGUUUUGCCGCCAACUAUGUCAUGAACUUUUGACGGAGAGAAACCAGAAAGAGUGUACCGAAUAACGAACGAAAACAAACGAUACGAUUUCAAUCCUUUUGAACUCCAAACAAUACGAAAACACUAAAAUGUCAAUGACAGAAGUACACAAACGAUACGAUUGCCUUAAUGUACUUCGGCUGUGAGUUAGCGAGCGGAUCGUUUGCUGAGAAUGAACCCUAUUGAAAUUGGUGAUUAUCGGAUCAGAUAUAGAUAUAGCUCCCAUAUAUCUUCAACCGAUAUCGAGUUAAUUGUGCACCAAAUGGCCAAUAUAAGUCCUAUAGACCUGAAUUUUGGUACAUCCCACCAAAUUCAGCCUAGAAGCAAGUAAAUCAAAUUUGGAGAAAAUCGGUUCAGAUAUAGCUAUAGCCCCCAUAUAUAUGUUUCAUCCGAUUUGGGUUUUAAUUCCCUCACAUGCGUAAUAUGAACUCCACAAGAAUGAUAUUUGGUACCGGACAUCAGAUACUGCUCGAAAAUACAUCUGUCAAAUUCUAUCGAGAUCGGUUCAGAUUAGGAUAUAGCUCCUAUAAAUGUCUUUAUCAGGUUUAUUGUGCACCAAAUGUCUAAUAUCAGCCCAAAUGGACUGAAAUUUGGCAUAUCCAACCGAAUUCAGUUCAGAAGCAAGUGCAUUAAAUUUGUGAAAAUCGAUUGAGAUAUAGCUAUAGCUCCCAUAUAUAUCUUUCAUCCGAUUUGGUGUUUAAGUCCCUCACAUUCGUAAUAUGCAUUCGACAACAAUGACAUUUGGUACCAGAUAUCGUAUAGAGCACAGAAAUACCUUUGUCAAAUUUUAUCGAGUGCGGCUUAGAUUUGGAUGUAGCUCCCAUGUAUAUCGUUAAUCCGAUUUCAGAUUUAUUAUGCAGAUAAUGGCUAAUAUCAGCCAAAAUGGGGUGAAUUUCGUAUAUAUAUUUUUAUUUAUUCAAUAUAUAUUUUUUUAUAUUUUUAAUAUAAUCCUUCUCGAAGUGAUGUUAUUUGCCCGAUUUUUUACUUUUCCUUACUGGUUUACUUUGUAUGAUGGCAAAAUAAAUGAAUAAAAAGGAAUAUUUUUAACUUUUAAUUAGUGUGUACAUUAUUUUUAAUCAGUUAAUAUACUGGGAAACGUUUGCAAACAUUUGCAAUGAGUAUUGUACUGUUUCGUUUCCAAUGUUGCGUCAUCCAGCAGAGUACAUUCCAGUUCUGUUUUUGUUUCCUCUCAUCUACACAAACAGUACAAAAUGUUUCGUUUCGUACUUCGAGAAAAUACAGAAGGAAACGAUUGCAAACGUUUCCAAUAGUUUAUUUUCGUUCGCUUUUACCAACAAAUCCCAUAUUUUCAUGGGAUCUAUGGUUGAUAGAAAUAUUGAGAUACACGAAGUUUGACGGAAAUCUCUGACCUGUUUCGAAUGUAAUGAGACAUAUAAUUAUUAAACAUUUUGACGCCUUGUAUCAUUAGAUAUCAGAAAAAGUGGUCCAAUAAAUCCCACAUUCACAACAGAUUUUAUGUUGGUAAAAAUAUUGGGGUGUGCCAAGUUUGAAAAGUAUCGGAUGUUAAUUGUGCAUUUUAUGAGGGUGAUUGGUAUUCAAAAUUUUGAUCCGUUGUGGGGGAGGUACCAGAGGGAAUGGUUUAAUCUAUUGCAUUUUCAUACAUAUAAUUGGGCGAGAUAUUGGGAUAUAGAAAAUUGUGUAUCACAUUUUAUAAGCGUUUCCUUUAUAUCAAAUAUUAACCCAUUGUGAAGGAGGCACCAGAAGGAGUGGUCCGAUUUAUCCCAUCUUCAUUCCAGACCUAGGGUUGUCAGAAAUAUUCGGACAAGCGACAUUUGAAGAGGUACUAGAAGGAGUAAACAAUUAUUGUCCAUUUAAGCACCUUACCUAGCACUGAUACAAAUACUAUGAUUUGCAAAGUUUGAACGAAAUCGAAUCAAUUAUUUUCUUGAGAAGUUUGGGAGGUACCAGAAGGAGUGGACCGACAUUGCCCAUCUCCGAACUCGAUCUAGGUUUGCUUAUUAAUAUUAAAAUGAUAUGAAAAUGGAAGAUGAGUUAUAAUAUAAACAAGUAAAAAAAUUAAGUUCGACCGGGCCAAUUUCUUAAUACCCUCCACCUUAGGGCAAAGGAAACGUUAGAACCCAUUGUGUCCCACAAAUACCAGUUUUUAGACAUAUUCGUGGGAAAAUGUCGAAAAAUCAUCAAAAUAUUGAAUAUCUGAAGGUACCCCUAUAUGGGACUAUACAAAAACGUGAACCUAUACAUAUAAUAUUUCGGCAACGGAGAUGGAACCCAUUAGGACACAAAAAUACCAAUUUUUAGACAAAUCCGCAAAGAAAUGUGAUCAAAAUAUCGCAUAUCGGGAGGUACCAUUAUAUAGGGACUAUACCAAAUCGUGGACCUAUACAUGCAAUCUUUUGUCACCGGAGCUACAACCCAUUAUGACCAACAAAUAGCAAUUUUUACGACGAAUAUUUAGGGAUGUUACAAACGGAAUGACAAAGUUAAUAUAUCCUCCUUUCCAAGGUGGAGGGUAUAAAAAGUGUUGCCAUUACCGCGUUGGCAAAUGAAAUUAUCUUGUUUAUUUUGAUUUUACAACUGAAACACAUUCUCACAAUAAAUUGUAAAUAUAAAUACAGUACUAGGAAUGGCCCCCAUAUAAAAGUGUCCACCAAUUGUUUAAAAGGUACUGCCCAGUGAACCAAGUGUCGGACAUACGAUACAUUUGCUCAAGUCGGAAGUUUUUCCGACGAAUGUACGAAUCCUGCUAAUAUAUCGGAGGAUAUUUUUUCUUGUUGAUGUAAACAAGCAAAGAGAAAAUAAAUGGAGUGAAUUUCUUUCUCCUUGAGAGGUUUUUUGUGCUUACAUAUUGUGGAUGAAAUUGUGGUCGGGCCGUUGCGUUCGCCAAUUAGUGUUGAAAGGUAGUUGAAGGUUAACGAUUAAUAUGGGGGCUAAACAACGAUGAAGACCUGCAUAAGUAAUUUUUUGUCAUAGACUGUAGUACCGAUUCCGAACUUCAAAUACGAAAUUUAAAAUAAUACUGGUGAUAAUGUCGCGAAUAUGUCAAAAUCGUUCCGACAGGUCUAAUUUCCAUUCCGAAUUCCUUAUGGGUAUCCAAUCCAUGGUCGGAUUUCGGUUCAAAAGUAUGCUAAAACUCCGGACUUUCAUCCGACCCUUUGGUCCAACAACACGUCAACCACUCCAUAUAACUUUCGGUCAGAAGUCGAACCGAAUUAGUAUCCGAAAUUGGAAGUUUCUUUCGGGUCGAAGUCGGCCGAACUCGGACAAUUUGGUACGCUGGGUAGUCACGUUUUUAAACUGAAUGGGACUUUUUUUUGUCUUUGGGUUCGUACAGUAUUAACAUAUCUUGGCAUAUCAACCACAUAACGCCAUACCCAAGAAAUAUAAGAGAUUUCAAAAAUAUCCGAUUCGGUUAUAAUUUGAGUUUUAACAAGGCCAACAGUAUAAAAAUAUCGAUUUUUUAUUCAUUUUACAAAAAAGUUUUGUCUUUAAUUUUAAUAAAUAAUUUUCAAUUUAAUUUUUAAAAUAAUUUUUACUUUUAAUAGAUAUUUUUCAUUUCCAAUUUUAGUUGUUGUUUCAAUACUUUCUUUAGCAACGAAAUGGGGUUUUAUAUAUUUUGCCUUAUGUCCAUGGCUAAGCAGAAACCCGUUACUUGUUAUGGUCAAAAGACUUUAACAAAACGCAAUGUGUUUUUAGUUUGUUUUUUUUUAUUAAAAUAAACAUAUGAAAAACAACAACAAUAAAACAAAAAAUGAAAAUAUUUUUUUAUAAAUUAAAAAUAAGCUAAAAACCAAAAUAAAUGAAUUUUUAAUUGUUAACAAAAAAUAAAUAAUGAUUGUUGAUUAUUGCAUUAAAAGAAUGAAAUAUAAAAUAUAAAAUAAAUUGCAAAAUUAUUAUAAAAAAGAAAUUGUUAAGUUUUAUUUUUGUGUUUUUAAAGUAAAUAUUUUUUCAAAAAAAAAAAAAAAACAGAUUCGAAAAACUACUUUUAUUAAUAACUAAAUAUAUAGAUAUUUAAAAUAAAUCGUAUAUGUAUAGCAACAACAUUAAUUUCCCCUUCCUCUCUACCCCGAGAAGAAUAUAAACAAAUUAUUAACCGUUCACAGUCCACUCAAUUGUAAACUUCAUAACAAACCAAAAAAGAACUGCAUUGUUAUUUAGAUAAACAUUUUAUUAAAUAAUUAAACAAUAACGUCUUAUAAAAUGUACGACGCUCUAUGUAAUAUAUUAAGUACAAUUGAAUUGUUCUGUUAUGUGAUGUGAUGUGUUUUUUUUUUAUUUUGGGUUGACAGUUUUUUUUUUAAUAUAUUUACAUAUUUUUUAAUUUAAAAUAAUAAAACUUAACAAAUACCCUUUAAGCGCGAAGUCGAAUUACAACCCUAAAAAGGCCUAAGAACAAGAGAGCCCAAUGCGAGCAAAUCCCAUGCUAAAAUGAUUUAUUUGUAAAGAAAAAACUUCCAUGACAAAAUGUUGAAAAAAAAUAAAUAUUGAGAGAAAAUAAAAACAAAAACAUGAAAAACAAUAAUUUUUAAACAUAAUAAAUUAUAAAACAAACAAUAAAAAGUAUGUUUUUUUUCUUAUUAAA